GAAUUUAAUUAAUCCAUUCACUUUCACUAUUAUUGAUUUUUGGAAAUGGGUCCUCGUUUCUUCCCUUCGCUUCCUCUGUACUUCAUCACUGCCCUAUUCCUCUUCACUCCAUCCUUGUGUGCUGGAGAUGAUCCCCUCUUCACGAAUUGCAGUCGACCUUUCAACUGUGGAAUCUUCAAAAACCUCUCUUUUCCUUUCUGGGGAGACACUCGACCUCUGUACUGUGGACAGCAGGGUUAUAAACUUAGUUGCAACGGAAUUGAUACGUACCCUGGUAUAUCCAUCAAUUCGCCAGAGUUUAUACUACUCGGAAUCGAUCAAUUAGCCCAACCACAGAUGAUGACCCUUUCGCGAACACUUCCCUGUCCCACUACCUUAAAUUACAGUCUGUUUUCCCCUGAUAAAACAGUUGUGAAUAUGACUCUGUUCAGCAGCUGCUCUGAGUCUAAUCUCUCAAGGGUAAGAAUAGAACCUUCACGUAGAAUUAACUGCACCACUAAUGGGGAAUCGGGCGCCUCAAAGUUCUCUCUGUUCUUGAGGGAUAACGAGACGAAUCUUGUGAGUUGUCAAGAAAAAGUGGUAGGUCCGGUUCCAAACGAGGCUCUUGAUGAAUUUAAUUCGGGAACUCUGAAUUUAAGCGGAACCUUGAUGAGAAACUUUAACGUGCAAGGUCUUACAGACAAUGACUUCUGUGAGAGAUGUUUGCGCUCGGGUGGAAGAUGUGGAUCCAACCGAAAUUCUCCAGAGUCAUUUGCUUGCUACUGUCGCGACCGACGUUACGAUAUAGAAUGCGGAGGGAAUGCCAUGCACUGCACAAUAAUCUUCUUUUCAAUUACUGUUCUUAUUUUAUUCAAAUUGUUAGUUAAUUAAUAGUUAUUAAUCCAUUGAAAAUUGAAGUAUUUUAGUCUAACUUGUUUAGUUUCUAGUCCUUUCUCACUAAGAUCCUUUUAGGUUUUGCAAUUAGUUAGUUAUUUCAGUAAUCCUCUCCGGUCCUUCAAGUUUCAUUCUGUGCGGCCAAGUCUCUUGUUCUUUAAUGAUCUAAUCCAUUGGGCGUUCACUGCAUUGGUAGCCUAGUCCUCUUCCCUUCCUUGAACAUAUGUCAAUGGGCCCAUUCAUAGGAUAGGAGCCUAGGACAUGGAAGUUGACUAGAAGUUGACUAGAUAUCUGUGUGUGGUACAUUUCUCAUUCUUCAUGUCAAUAUUUUUUUUAAUAAAUUAAUAUUUUUAUA